GCACUGAAACGAUAGGAGUCAAACGGGUUUUGUAUUGCGUCGCGUCGAGUUCUCCAUUGAUUAUUGCAAUGUUAUCUAUAAUUUUGUUAGCCCUAACACUUUUGAACUUGGGCUGGUAUUACUUGAAACACCAUUAUUCGUACUGGGAGAGGCACGGAUUUCCGUAUGAUGAGAACAUCAGUAUUCCAUUCGGUUGCCUCGGCAGCGUCUGGAGAAGAGAGAAGGCAAUGGGCAUGGCCAUUUACGAUGUGUAUAAAAAGAGCAAGGAGAGAGUUCUCGGCACCUUUCUGCUCUUCCGACCGGCAGUUCUGAUACGCGAUGCUGAAUUGGCACGUCGUGUGUUGGCUCAAGAUUUUGCUAGCUUCCACGAUCGUGGCGUCUAUGUGGACGAGAAGAAUGAUCCACUGUCUGCGUCAAUUUUUGCACUGCGUGGUCAGAGCUGGCGUUCCAUGCGUCACAAGCUUUCACCUUGCUUCACCUCUGGCAAGCUGAAGGGCAUGUACAGCACCUCCGAAGAUAUAGGCAACAAAAUGGUGGACUAUUUGCAGAAUGAAUUGGCCGACAAUGGUAGCAAGGAGGUGGACCUAAAGGCGGUGCUACAAACCUAUGCCAUUGACAUUAUUGCCUCAGUUAUAUUCGGGUUGGACGUGAACAGUUAUGAGCAGCCGAACAACAAUUUCAAAACGGUGGUCACCGUUGCACGACGCAAUACGCGCUUCAAUGCUCUGUUUGGCAUGAUGUUAUUCCUGGUGCCCUCUAUCGCAAAGUUUCUGUUCCGCAUUGGCCUCAAGAAUCCUGUGGGACUGGCCAUGUUGGCCAUUGUGAAGGACACCAUCGAAUACCGGGAGCAGCACGGCAUUGUGCGCAAGGACUUACUGCAGCUACUCAUGCAGUUGAGGAACAAGGGCAGCAUAGAAGAUGACGACAACAAAAGCUGGAACAUUCAAACCUCUGAGGAUGGUCAACUAAAGAGCAUAUCAUUGGAGGCAAUUACCGCCCAGGCCUUCAUUUUCUACAUAGCUGGGCAGGAGACGACGGCCACAACGGCAGCCUGUACCAUCUUUGAGGUGGCUCAGUAUCCAGAGCAUUUAAAACGCCUGCAGGCCGAGGUAGAUGAGACACUCAAGCAGAAUGGUGGCAUUAUCAGCUACGAUGUGCUAAACAAAAUGGAGUUCCUGGAGCUAUGUGUAUUGGAAACGAUGCGCAAGUAUCCCGGUUUGCCUAUGCUUAACCGUGAGUGUACGCAGGACUACAAAGUGCCGGACACGGACCAUGUCAUUAAGAAAGGCACGCCGGUGGUCAUAUCACUGCAUGGCAUCCAUCACGAUGCAGAAUAUUUCCCAGAUCCUGAAAAAUACGAUCCCAAUCGAUUUGCCGAUGAUAGCAAAAACUAUAAUCCCAUAGCCUACAUGCCCUUCGGUGAGGGUCCCCGAAUCUGCAUUGCCCAGCGCAUGGGACGCGUAAAUGUGAAGCUGGCCAUCGUCAAGAUCCUACAGCACUUCAACAUCGAGGUGAUGAGCCGACGAGAGCUGGAGUUCGAAAACGCUGGCAUUGGACUGAUACCCAAGGACGGGGUGAAAGUGCGGCUCUCCAAGAAGAAGUCCAAUUGAAUAGAAUUGUGAAACUUAAAAUACCAUGUCUAUCAAAUGCCCAUUGCGAUAGCGAAUAAAUAAUUCACAAAAAAAUUGAUAGCAACUAAGUCACCUUAUCGGGCGCACCAAAUAAUUAGCCUGAUUAUGGUAUGAAUAGAGCCAACACAAUUUUAAUAAAUGCUUGC